UGUCACCCCCACGGACCCGUCCAUCUCUUUCCCCCGCUCCCGUGAGCAGUGGAGUCCCCUCGCUCCGGCCACACUCUCUCCCUGACACCCCGACCCCUUUCCAUCCACCGAGAUAAACAGGAGAAGAGACUCAAGAGAGACACGAGGGAAGGCGGAGGAGAGGACGAGGCUGGUGGGGAACUGGGGAUGGCGCGGCGCGGGCGUGUGGAGCUGCGGCGGAUCGAGGACCGGACGAGCCGGCAGGUGCGCUUCUCCAAGCGCCGCGCGGGGCUCUUCAAGAAGGCCUUCGAGCUCGCGGUCCUCUGCGACGCCGAGGUCUCGCUGCUCGUCUUCUCCCCCGCCGGCAGGCUCUACGAGUACGCCUCCUCCAGCAUAGAAGGUACAUAUGACCGCUAUCAGGCAUUUGCAGGAGCCGGAAAGGACGUGAAUGAACCCGGUGCAAGUAACAACAAUGAUGGAGAUCCUUCAAAUAUACAGUCAAGGCUUGAAGAGAUUACUUCCUGGUCUCUUCAAAACAAUGCUGAUAACUCAGAUGCUAAUGAGCUAGAGAAACUGGAGAAACUACUGACAGAUGCUUUGAAGAAUACAAAAUCCAAGAAGAUGUUGGCGCAACAAAAUAGCGAUGCCGGCACUAGUGCGAGCGGCGGGAACUCCAGAAGGACUUGAGCAGCCAUGUGAUGUGCAUGCAUUUGGUUCAAGCAAAGCUCUGUGGCUGAUGCCACACUCUUCCCCAGUUACUGAAAGAGUUGUGUUUGUAAGGUGCAGCAAAGGCACGAGGGGCAAAUUCAAUAAAAGGGCGGUGGGUUAACACCAACAGUGUGUGUGUGGGUGUGUCCUUGUUAAGUUAUCUGUUGCUUGCUCUGUUGCCUUACCUUUUGUGCUUUGCCAAGGCUGUGUGUGAUGCUCAGAUUAACAUAUCAGUCUGUUGUCAGUCUUAUAUACGCAGCUGAGUGAGAAAUCAGGUUAUGUGGAUGCAACUUAUAUAUAACCUGACGCAGAUGCUACCUUUCA